AGGGUUCCUGGGGCAGUUCUUCGAAUAGUUUCCCCCCUGCACCCCCUCUUUUUUCCUGCUCCUCCUUUAUCCUCGUCUCAUGCCCCCUUUUAUCCCAGUGUCUGUGGCCCCCACGUUCUCACAGCGACUCCGACCUCUGAACAGCAUCCCAGGCCACCAUGCAUGCUGCUCUGUGCACCUGUGUCUUUCUCCUCUGCCUCACCUUCCUCACCGAGGCCAAACGGCAGCCCGUCCAAGACAAACGGGAAAAACCUCACCAGCCUCAGUCGUCGCCUCCGCCAGCCAGGAGGACCAGAAACCGUUCAGUGCUCAGCUCUGGGGAGCUGACCACCAAGCAGGGCCAUCGCUGCACAUGGCAAACAUCUGGUGAAGGUCUGGUGAGCCUACUGGUGAACUGCUCCAUAGAAACUGACGGAGACCUAGAGAGAUACUGGUGUCGUUACGCUGGUAAACCUGACCUCUGCCAGGCCUAUGGGGUCAAGUCCAGCCAGUACUGGAAGCAACUGGUGGGAAAGCUGAAGAAACGGGAGAACGCUUGUCAAGGAGAAAAAGUCUUGAAGGCCAAAACCUGCAAAAAGGCGCCUGGCGAGGCCCACAUGAAGCUGGCUCAGCGCAGCGAGGAGAAGGCAAAGAAUGGAGGCAAAGAGGGAGGGAAGAAAAGACCAGAAGCUGGAGUGAGGAGCUCAGAUGGAGGGAAGGUGGAGAAGAGAAAGAAGAAGGUAAAGGAGGGUGAGGAGGAGAAGAAGAAAAGGGAGGAGAGGACUGAUUUUGAUGACGAAGGAAUGAUAAACGACAUGGCGCCGUUGCAGACGUACUGCAGCGAGGGAUGGCACUCUGUUUGCUCCUUUUUUGUCAAAUUUUUUGAGGGGUGAUCAGAAGUAGAGAAAGGUUUCUUUGAUUGAUGAAUUAAAUCUGAUCGUGGAAGCUUCUGCUUUUUAACCUUGUGGGGGGUUCUGGGCAGCUCAUUUCUAAGGAUUUCUGUAAAUUUCACAAACUGCUUUCUGAAGCUUAGAAGAAGACCAAUUUAAAUUACAUUUGGUCUGGAACAUAUGGUGAUCAUCUGUUAAUUUUUAGAUCUACUACAUCAAAUUUACAACAAUAUAACAUAAAACUGUAAACAAUGUUAGAGGAAACUGAUUACAUUUGAACAGAAGCUCUGAUUUAUUACAGACAUCAGCUGGAGUCUUAACCUCACUGUGACAAAGUGAAACUGUUUUAUUUGUUAAUGAAUCAGAAUUAGUUUUGAGAUGAGUUUUUAUUGUUCGUUUUGUUUUUAGAGAUGUAUUUGAUGUUGGACCUUUUUUAACCAAAUUCUGGAUUUUCUUAGACAACAUUAAAUAAUCACCAUCAUUAACUGUGA